AUGAAGUUCUUUCUGGCAUUAGGAUUUUUGGUGGUGUGCUGCUCCGCACUAUCGACCAAGCAGCAGAGAAGGUUUCCGGAUGACUUCCUCAUCGGGACUGCCACCGCCUCCUACCAGAUAGAAGGAGCUUGGAAUGAAGAUGGAAAAGGAGAAAAUAUCUGGGAUUACCUAACUCAUAAUAACCCGGCAGCAGUCAAGGACGGAAGCACUGGUGACAUUGCCGCUAACUCCUACCACAACGUGGAGAGGGACGUGGAGAUGAUGCGAGAGCUGGGUCUUGAUGUAUAUCGCUUCUCGCUUUCGUGGUCCAGAAUCUUACCUUCAGGAUUCGCCAAUGAAAUCAACGAAGCAGGAGUCGACUACUACAACAGGCUAAUCAACGAGAUGUUGAAGUACGGCAUAACCCCGAUGAUUACUUUAUUCCACUGGGACUUGCCUCAGAAGCUGCAGGAACUGGGAGGCUUCGCCAAUCCACUGGCUUCCAUUUGGUUUGAAGACUACGCGCGCGUGGUCUACACGAAUUUCGGUGACAGAGUCAAACAUUGGAUCACCAUUAAUGAGCCUAGAGAAAUAUGCUACGAGGGUUACGGCUCUGUUCAUAAAGCACCUAUCCUCAACGCCACGGCUAUCGGGACAUAUCUGUGUGCCAAGAAUGUUUUGAUAGCCCACGCUAAAGCAUACCACUUGUACAACAAUGAGUUCAAGGACAAACAAGGAGGACAGUGCGGUAUCACCAUCAGUGCCAAUUCGUUCAGGCCUUUUACCGAUUCUGAGGAAGAUCACGCAGCUACUGAACUAAGACGGCAAGCUGAGUUUGGCCUCUACGCAGAACCUAUAUUUUCUGAAGAAGGUGGAUUCCCUAAGGAAUUAGUUGAAAUAGUGGCUGAAAAAAGUGCAAAAGAAGGCUACCCGUGGUCCAGAAUUCCGGAGUUUACAGACGAAGAACGAGAAUUGGUCAGAGGAGCUUCGGACUUCUUUGGGGUCAACCAUUACACCGGCUUCCUGGUGUCUGCCAACGAGCAAAUUUCUGAUCGCCCUACUAUACCUAUACUCCCUGACAUCACUGUGGGAAAUUACAUCCCCCCCGAAUGGCCACAGUCGGCUUCGUAUUGGCUAACACUAUCCCCAGACAGUAUAUACGACACGCUGACUUAUCUCCAGAAGAGAUACAAUGAUCCUAUCUUCUACAUUACUGAGAAUGGCUGGUCCUCUCCUCCUACGAACGGAUUACUUGACGACGACAGAAUACGUUAUUACAGAGCCGCCUUAGAGAGUGUAUUAGAUUGUCUCGAUGCCGGAAUUAGGCUCAAAGGUUACAUGGCCUGGAGUCUGAUGGAUAACUUCGAAUGGUUGGAAGGAUACACCGAACGUUUCGGUUUGUACGAGGUUGACUUUUCGGAUCCCGCCCGCCCUCGCACCCCGCGCAAGUCCGCCUUCGUCUACAAGGAGAUCUUGAGAAGCAGGGUCAUCGACCACGACUACGAGCCCAACACUACCGUCAUGACCAUCGACGAGGGACACUGA